UUCCAAACAUCUUUCGAAAAAUGAUUCUCGUUCGCGUUUUUGUUGAUUUCUAAGAUGAUCGAGUCUAAGAUAAGGAUUAUAUUUCUUGCAUUUGUUGCAGUUUCGUUUUCGUUGCACCUUAUUUCAAUUUCUGUGAUAGGAUAUCUCGGAUCUGAAGUUGCAAAACAUCAACAGCAAAUUAGCAAACUUUUGAAAUCUAGUAGGGGAAAUUUCAAACAAUUAUUCGAUUUUCGCAACCAAAGCACCCAAAAUGCAGAAACCGUAAACCAAGAAAUAAAGAGUUUGCAAACGAUUGCCGGUCAAAAUUCCGAACUUUUGGAAGAAACUGUAGAAAGUCCAAUCUGGCUCAAAAGUGAAGUUGACAAAAUCUGGAGAAUAGGUUGUCCAUUGGGGGGAAUGUCAAAUGGAAGUCAAUGCUAUGUAUUAGAAAGAGAUAGGUUGAACUACACAGAUGCUGUGGACAAAUGCGAGGAAAGGGGUGGUCAACUAGCAAUAUUGGAAAACGAUAAAAUAUUAGAACGUCUUUAUGAAACAUUCCCGGUUGAAUCAUUUUUCGUGGAUGCAAGAUAUAACGACGAAUCAGGUAAAUGGUUCACAAGUAAAGGGACAGAAGCGACAUUUCUACCUCAGUGGAUGAGCGAACCUCAAUAUAGUUCAAAUGGCAGCUGUAUAUAUGUACACAGAAAAAGCUUUAAUCGGUGGCAUUGUUACGCAUUGAUGUUUUACUUGUGUGCUUUUUAAAAAAUACGACCAUGUGUUGUGAAGAGGGUUGAGUGUCUUAUUUCUACAAUAUUGUACAAUUUUAUA